AUGCUACCAAUGUUGAGAAAGUCCGUAUCGUUCGGGUCUGCGGUGCUACACCGACACUACUGCACGCCGAUUGUAAAUAUAUUUGAUCGCAAUGCGAAACGGUUACAACGAGAACGUGCAGCAAAAAGGGAAGAUGUAGAGCUUUACGACUACAUCAAAGACGAAGUCGGCUACCGGUUAGCGGAUCGAAUUUUCGACAUCAAGCGCCAAUUUACGAAUGCAGUUGAUCUCGGUGCCGGGCGGGGCUAUGUUACAAACCACGUGCUUGGUGAAACGGUUCAAAAGCUGACGGCGAUUGACCUCAGCCCAACGAUGCUGUCGCAGAUUAAAGGAUCGCCAGGGCUAGAUUUCAGUGUGCAGGAAAUGGACGAAGAACAGCUCCAAUUCGAGGCCGACUCGCUCGAUUUGGUCGUAUCCAGCAUGAGUCUGCACUGGGUGAACGAUCUACCGGCCUGCUUUCGGGCGGUAAAUCGAGCACUUAAACCAGACGGUGUUUUCAUCGGUGCCAUGUUCGGUGGUGACACGCUGUACGAGCUGCGAUCCGCGUUGCAGUUGGCUGAGCAGGAGCGAAAGGGCGGUUUGGCUCCACACAUUUCCCCGUUCGUACAAAUUCGGGACGUGGGAAUGCUGCUAAACCGGGGUGGCUUCACAAUGCUGACGAUCGACACGGACGAAUUAGUCAUCGGGUACCCGUCGAUGUUCGAGCUAAUGUUCGACCUGCAAGGAAUGGCCGAAAAUAAUGCGGCUUUUAACCGACCGUUGCACAUGGGACGUGACACGCUGAUGGCUGCCGCAGCCAUCUACAAGGACAUGUACGCCCGGAAGGAGGAGGGCGUCUCGGCAACGUUUCAGAUAAUUUUCUUCGUCGGUUGGAAGCCUUGUGCCAGCCAACCGGUACCGGCCGAACGUGGUUCAGCCACUGUGUCGCUGAAGGAUAUCGGAAAAGUCAUGACGCCGAAGGGAAACAGUUAA